AUGUCCUCUACGUCGCUGUUAAAGGAUACUUCAAAAGCACAGGAGAUCAACAUCGAUGGGGAAUCAGGGGUUGAUCUAGAAAGUCUCAGAUACGGUUCCUUUUCGUCGUUGCGAACUGCCGAGCUGCUUGAACUCGGUAGCCAAGAACUCGAUAAUGAAGUACCUCAGGGUCGCCAUCUCGGAGUAUUUUCCACUGUAGUGCUUUUUGUGUCAAGAAUCGUGGGGUCAGGCAUAUUCGCAACUCCAAGUAGUAUAUUUGUCAAUUGCGGUGGAAACAUGGUGCUUUUCUUUGGGGUAUGGUUUGUAGCGGCCUUGAUGGCUUUCGCUGGGCUCUACCUUUUCUUAGAGUUCGGAUGCCUGCUACCGAAGUCCGGCGGCCGCAAGAAUUUCCUGGAGGCCGUGUAUGACCGCCCCAAGCUCAUGACUAGCGUCACAUUCGCUACCUAUACUGUUCUAACGGGAUUUUCCGUCUCGAACGCUAUAGUUUUUGGGAAAUAUACUCUUUAUGCAUUGGGGUUUGACGAAGAUUUUGUAAACAACAGAUCAAAAGCCUGCAAUUAUAUCGGUGCAUUGCUGGUUAUGACCGUUGUGUUUAUUCAUGGCGUUUCUGUAAGACAUGGCAUUUUCUUGCAGAAUUUUCUUGGCGCAUUGAAAUUGUUACUCAUCGCAAUCAUGUCUUUCACAGGCGUAUAUGCCUUGUGCUUCUACAGAACCGAGGGAAACCAGAGCCCUGAAUUACCAAUAUCAGCGAACAAUUUGCAUGAUUUCUCUUCAGUUUCCAGUUCAUCUCUUACAACUGCAUUUAUCCAGGCAUUUUUCUGCUUUGCUGGGUGGGAUUCAGUUCAUUCUGUGGCUUCUGAAAUAAAAAAUCCUGUCAGAACUUUUAAAAUCGCAGGGCCUCUUUCCUUGAUCAUUGCAUUAUUAUGUUACCUGUCUUUGAACCUUGCUUACGUGCGUGUUUUGAGCUAUGAAGAGUUCAAAAAUGCAGGUCCACUGGUUGGAUCUAUCCUUUUCUCCAAGCUCUUUGGUCAAAAAUUGGGAAGGCAAUUUGUAACGUUAUCAAUUGCUCUAUCUGCAGGUUCCAACUUGUUUGUCGUAAUAUAUUCACUAUCGAGAAUGAAUCAAGAGUGCUUCAGAGAGGGAUAUCUUCCUUUCAGCAAUUUUAUGGCAAGUAAUAAGCCAUGGGGAGCACCACUCCCUUCACUUUUGUGUUGCGGACUCAUUACAACGACAUGGUUGAUUUUACUACCAUCUUCUGGUGACGCAUAUAAUUACUUGGUUUCGAUGGAAAGUUAUGCUAAUCAAUUUUUCCUUUUACUUGUGGCAAUUGGGCUGAUAAUCUAUAGAAAGAGAUAUCCUGAACGCGUAGCGGAAAUACAGGCUUCCCUGGUUGGAGUUUUCGGGAUUAUUCUACUAUCAUGCUAUCUUGUAGUUGGGCCAUUUAUCGGCGAACAGAAGGAAAAUACCAUACACUGGCUACCGAGCUACCAAAUUACUGCGAUACUCAUUAUUGCUGCGUGUUUUUGCUUUUGGCUGGUUAAGUUUGUUUUACUCCCUACCAUCAUGGGAUAUAAUCUUAAAGCUGAGCUGAUUAUAUUGGACGAUGGUUUAGUAGUAAAACAGUGGUACGCACAAAAAAAUGAGUAG